AGUUCUUAAUUUCUAUGUCGGUGAGCUUUGGAGAUAAUAUCCAAGAUUGUUUAUAUAUUAGCCUAUUAGGCACUUCUAAUAGCAUACACUCACAUUUCAUGAUCAAACCAAAGAAGCUUAAUAGCUUCUCCUGAGUUCUAAUAAGUCUGUUUUGUAAUUGUAAUUCCCUAUGCAGAUUUUCAGUCUGCGCCAAAGAGCACUUGUGUGCUUUUGGCCUUUUGUUCUUUUUGUUUUACUAGGAUUUUGUUAUGGAGAACAACAAAGUACAAUUGAGGUAGUUGGGCUUGGUGAAUGUGCAGAUUGCAUACAGAACAAUAUUAAGACUAGCCAGGCUUUCUCAGGGUUACGUGUAACAAUAGACUGCAAGGCCUCAAAUGGACAUAUCCAAACAAGAGGGGCCGGUGAGCUUGAUAAAAAUGGAAAUUUCAAAGUAUCACUUCCUAAAGACAUAGUAAAAGAAGGUGAAUUGAAAGAAGAAUGUUAUGCUCAGUUACAUAGUGCAUCAGCUGCACCAUGUCCUACUCAUGAUGGCAUUCAAAACACCAAAAUUGUCAUCAAGUCAAAAUUUGAUGACAAACAUACCCUCAGUACUGCUAAUGCUGGCAAACUCAAAUUCUCAUCAGCUACAUGUACCUCAGCAUUUUUUUGGAAACACCCUCUUUUUCCUAAGCUUCCUCAUCCUCAAUUACCUGACUUCCCACCAUUUCCACCAAAAGUUUUCCACAAACAUCCUCUUUUCCCUCAUAUUCCUAUCUACAAGAAACCUCUCCCUCCUCCUGUGCCUGUCUAUGUAAAACCUCUUCCCCCUCCUGUGCCUAUCUAUAAGCCUCCUGUAUAUGUAAAACCUCUCCCUCCUCCAGUGCCUAUCUAUAAGCCACCUGUUUACGUGAAACCUCACCCUCCUCUUGUGCCUGUUUAUAAACCACCUGUAUACGUGAAACCUCACCCUCCUCCUGUGCCUGUCUAUAAACCACCUGUAUAUGUGAAACCUCACCCUCCUCCUGUGCCUGUCUAUAAGCCUCCUAUUAUUCCAGUUACUAAACCGCUUCCACCACCGGUUCCGUUCAAGAAACCAUGUCCACCAAAGAUUGAGCAUCCAAUUCUACCACCUGUUCCAAUAUAUAAACCUCCAAUAGUUCCAAAGCCACCGGUGGUUCCGAUCGUCAAGCCACUUCCUCCUCCAGUUCCAAUUUACAAACCACCAGUUGUCACUAAACCUUUUCCUCCAUUCAAGAAACCACCAUGUCCACCAAAGAUUGAGCAUCCAAUUCUACCACCUGUUCCAAUAUAUAAACCUCCAGUAGUUCCAAAACCACCGGUGGUUCCGAUCGUCAAGCCACUUCCUCCUCCAGUUCCAAUUUACAAACCACCAGUUGUCACUAAACCCUUUCCUCCAUUCAAGAAACCACCAUGUCCACCUCUUCCCAAGCUCCCUCCAAAGCCAUUUUUCCAUCACCCCAAGUUUGGAAAAUGGCCUCCAAAGCCUUUUUUCCAUCACCCCAAGUUUGGAAAAUGGCCACCAAUCUCUCCAAAGAACUUCUUCCAUCAUCCAAAGUUAGGAAAUUGGCAUCCUAAAAGCUUCUUCCAUCACCCUAAGUUUGGGAAAUGGCCACCAUUAACUCCUCAUAAUUAGUCUCUUUGUUGGUUUUACAAAAUAUUCAUGGUUUUUGUCUUCUUUGUUUCUCUAAUUACUACCACAAUCAAUUUGCAAAUAAAGCCUUCAAGUCAGGCAUAAAGCAUAUGAACAGAAGAGCAUCAAGCCAUGAUGGAGAAAACCAAAAAUAGCAUGAUGUUGUUUGAAGUUUGAUGAAGCUGCCGAAUGUAUUCAAUUGUUGUUCUUGAGUGAAGAUCACCGGAAUUAUUAUUCUUUUAAAAUUACUUUCAUGUGUAUAUAUAUACAUGUGUUGUGUGUUAGUAUUUUGUGAUGAUAUUGCAUUUUCCCACUUUCUAUCUUGGGUUAUUAAUAAAAUUCCCACUUUAUCUCCAAGUA